UUUCAGUACCAAAAGCGGUAACCCCGAGCUACACUCGGGCUUACCAUGCAGCGUUGCAUAGGGAGUCCCUGCAGUGCUUACCUUGUCCUUCGCUCCCGCGAUGCAUUCCCUGCCGCAUCCCCGGCCAUCUCCUCUGGCCGAUGCCGGCAUCCGGCUUCCGUGUUUCGGCCCCUGUGACGUUGGGACGUACGUGCACCAGGACCGGCGGCAAAUUUUAAAUUUUUUUAAAAAAUGUAAUUUUUUUAAAAAUGAUUAUUACAUAUGCUUUGUCCUGUGCCCUGCCUGCAUUUUGACUGUUCUUUGU